AUGAAGAUCAUAGCUGCUGUGGAUGAGCUUCCCAUAUGUGCGUCGAAGAUGGAACCUGAGGAAACAAUAAGAAGAAGAAUCUCUUCUCUCCUGAAGAAUAUUUCUCAUGUGGACAAAGCAAGCAAGAUCCCAAUUGAGUUCGGGGAGAAAGAAAGAGGAGAUAUACAGCUUUUUGCAAAGCCUCACUUCAUGUCUCCCGACAUGCUGGAUGAUAGCGAGAUGUUUUUUGUGGGAAUUCCUGGGUUCUACGAUCCAGAAGCCUUCUCAAACGAAGAAGAAAGAAAGAUUGAGGAGUCGAUGAAAUGCUAUAGAUGCUACCCGGUCUUUCAAAAGAAGGUGGAAUACUCAAGAAUGAUUGAAAGGAUUUUAAAGAAAAACACCUAUGAGUUUGUACAAAAGAAUCUCGACCAUUCUCGUAUGUUCGAGGAGUACAAAGAGUAUAAUACAAGGUAUUACGAGAAGAUAAUGGAGGUUUAUGAGGAUGGAGAUGUUGUGCUGGUGAUGGACCAUUCUUUACUUCUUCUUCCUGGGAUGCUUGGGCUGGUUCCAACCGGAAUGUCUUUCUGUAUUCCGUUUUCGCCAUUGGUCAAAUGCAUUCCAUUCUGCGAGGAGAUAUUUCGGUCAAUCUUCAGCUGCAAGUACAUUGAGUUUGCCGAUAGCUCGUCAAAAGAUUCCUUUGAUCUAUUGGCCUCCCAAAAGAUAGGAUUUCCCAUGGGAAAUCCGGGAUACGAGAAUUCAAAAGCGCCUGAGACUUGUGUGGGAAAAAGAGGAAUCGACAAGAAUGCAAUUCUUAAGGCGUCAUUUGAAGUCCAGAAGCUCUCAGGGCUUGGGAAUGGGGAAGUUAUUCUCGUUCCAUUUGACUCCUGUACACACCUUCUUGGUAUUGAGGCAUAUCUGUCGAGAUACGGCAAAGAGGUUACGAUCUUGUUUCUGAUAACAAAAGCUUUAGGAAAGAACUUUGAUGAACAGACCGAGGUGAUGAGGCUUCGGGAGUAUCUUGAGAUAAACUACAGGGUUCAGACCAAGAUGCUUGUUCCGACAAAUGAUUCUGAAUUUGUUUCUGCACUGAAGGCUUGUGAUCUAUGCCACUGCCCCGAAAUGGAAGGAUUCUGCUCUCUCCUUGGAAUUCCUAUAGUUUCAAGAAAUCCAUACGACUUCUUUGAUGUGGCCGAUGAAAUCAAUGAGAAGCUGUCUCGAAGAAGCGGAAGAGAGAAUCCUGGACAAGUUAUUGGAAAGAUGGAAUGGAAAAAACACUUUAUGACAAACUUCCUAGAUGCCUGCGGAAUUGAGUAUGAGGUUGAUCUAGAGACUAGGGAGCCCAGCACAAGGUUUUCGCUGUCCAUGGAGAAGAAAAAGUGUGAAAAUGCAGAUGUAAAAAGAACAUUGGUCAAAAGAAGAAAGGAAGAGAAGAAGGAGACAGUCCAAAUCAAUCUGGAUGACAAAGAAGAUACAAAUGUAGCAAGAAUAGUAGAUGAUUUCAAGAAAAGCAAGACUAGAACGCUGAUUAUGGAUUAUGAUGGAACAUUGACAGAUAUUGUUGCACAUCCUCCCAUGGCAACACCAACACAGGAGAUAAGAGACAUGCUCAUAAAGCUAAGCAAGAUCUGUAGGGUCGUAAUAUCCACAGGAAGAAGUUUGGAGGACUCGGAGAAAUUCUUCCCAAAGGAAAUCGAAGUUUUUGCAGAGCAUGGAGCGUGCCAUAGAAUUAACGGAGAGUGGAAAGAGGGCCCUUCAUUUCCACAGAAAGACCUCACCUGGAAGAUAGGGGAAUUCUUCCAUUUAAGGACGCCGGGAUCGGAAAUAGAAAUGAAGAGGACAGGAUAUACCUUCCACUUCAGGAAUGUGCCUUCUCUUGUGGGAGUGAAACAAGCCAAGGCUCUUUUCGAACUUCUUAUGCGAAUUUGUAAGGGAAAUGUGACAGAAGGGAAUUACUUGAUUGAAGUCCGAAGCUGCAAAAAGUACGAUGUCAUAAAGAAGGUCGAAAAAGAGGCAGGGGAUGGGUUUAUUCUAUGUGCCGGAGACGACAUUGCCGAUGAAGAAAUGUUUGGGUUAUGCAAGGGCUACACUGUUAAAAUAGGCGAUAAGAAUACAUCUGCAGCAUACAGGAUCAAGGAUCCAAGAAGCUUCAGAGCGCUUCUCCAAAAGUUUCUGGAAUAA